UUAUUUAUACAAGCACUGGGUACAGUCAGAAGCACGGGAGGGUGAGAGAAUUCACCAGAGCCAGAACGGGGAACAGAACAGGCAAACUGACAAAAUACACUGCUGAGGGGAGCAGCGGGCAUAGCAGGAGAGGUCUGCGCGCCAUGUGGGACCCUCACCGGUGGCUGGGGAUCGAGCCGGCACUGCAGAGUGCUGCGGGCAGCUUCGAAGCCCAGUGCUCAACCGCUGCGCCACCAGGGGAGGCCCAAGAAUACCUACAUUCUUGUGCUGAUAGAUUGUAUGAUGCUUCAAAAAAAAAAAAUUGGAAUUUCAGAAGCCUCAGUAUAGUAGCUAAACUGAAGUUAUCAACUCAUUUUCUUUUGUUAGGGAAUGACUUUGAAAGGUUCAAGUGAUUUCAAAACCCAGCUUCCCAAUGUCUAAGAAAAUUCCUCAAAACAACUCUAUAGGGUAUAAAAGAUGAAGUGAUGGCAUUUCUAAUUCAAAAUAAAGUUUGCUAAUUCUUUAAAUGAGAAAAGGUUGAAUACUUGAUGGCAAAAUAUUUUUAGCAGGAAAGAAUUUACUUUGGGGGAGGUACUUUAGCAUAUUGUAUUAUCCUAACACUAAUGUACAGCAAAUUUAGCAAUUUACAGAAAUAGAAAGAACCUGGGUUAAGGUAAAGAACUCUCUCUGUUAAUAUCUACAUAUUAAAGUGGAGAAAAGUGUGCACAUGCAAACUUCAAUCAUGGUAGAUAAACAGUCAUGAGAACAGAAUCUUUGAACGAUUUUAUUUUGCUCCUGACAGAAUCUUUGUCUGUGCAACCCAGUGAAGUUUUAUUUUGUUUUAAUCAGAUUUGUUGGUUGAGGCAGUUAGGGUGUUAGAAAAAAAUGUAACUUUUAACAUCCAGCUGCUUUUCUGAGAAUUACCCAUCUAUGAAAAAAAAAAAAAGUGGCACCGUUAACAUUUAUGAGAAACAGACUUAACAUUAUCAUAAAUUAUACAGUAAACUAUCUUGGCCUUGGAUUGAAAGGUGUGUGUUUGUCUUUGAAGCUGAUGUAUUUUGACAGCACACCAGGAGGCAGCUCACUCUGAAUAAUGGGUAAGAUGAGAGCCUCAGAGGAAAGAAAUUGCUCACUUAAGGGAGCAUAAAGCAGAUAGGGGGUAAAUGAACUUCCCCACCUGGACACAUCACAAUUUUAGAAGCACUGAUCACACAAGAAGUUAGUGCUAGCAGGGACCCAGGAGCCAUUUAGUUUUAUCUGUUCUAUUUACAAAUGCAGAAUCUGAGGCUCAGGAGAAGAAAAAAAGAAGAAUUUGGCUUUAUCCAGUGUGUUCGUGGUAGGGCUGGCAACAAAACUUAUCCAGGAUGACUGAGUCUAGCUGUCUCUCAGAGACCAGGAAGCUGCAUCACACACUCUGCCUCCCUUACCUCCUCUAUAAAGUGAGCACAUACUUUGAUGUGCUCUAUAUCCUCUUCAAGUUGGAAAUCCCGUGUUUCAUUGAUGUUUGUGAUCAUUGGGGUGACUUAUCUAUUUCACUACUUUGUCAUAACUGUUUACCUAAAGGAAUGGUUCUGUGAUAUGGGACCCCCAGGAUGGGGGUAUCCAGGUACAGGACUGUGCUGUUAGCUCAUUAGAAAAGAAAGGGUGAGUAUACUUAAGUUGCUGCUCUCCUCAUAUUUUGGGGUAACAGUAGGUCCUACUUCAGGUACACAUUGCCAGUCGGCACACUAUUCUGUGUACAGUCAAAAUCCUGAACUGGAUGCCCAGGUGGGCAAUAGGUCUUUUCUUAGCUGUACCUACUAACUUACAUUUCCAUGUCCAUGGCAUCUUUAUAAUGGUGCCAUCUACAGCACACCUGAAACUUUACCACAGAUUUGUAAUUAGUCUUCUCACCUUCCCAAUUCUUGGGCCAGUUUUUGCUAAAGUGGUCAUCCUCCAUCAAGACAGUGCUUUUUGAGAACAUGCUGAUGGGCCAAGUGUGGGUUCCAGUGGGUCAGUUCUAAAUAGUUCACCUACAAACGCUGUUCCACUCAUUUCUUUGGCAUUUAGACACAAUUAUCUCAUGUCCUCUAGACAUGGCUAACUCUUUCUUCUCAGUGUGAACUAAGCUCAUGAACCCCCGGCUCAUUAAAGAAGGCUAGUCAUUGAUCACUUCAUGGUUUUGUGACUCUUGGGUGCUUCAUGUAAAAUAAUUACUAGAUUAUUCAGUUUUUGAGCCUACACUGUUGAGGUCCUCUUGGCUUCAGUGCAGUUGCAAUACUGAAUUGCUUCUUCCUUCCAAGACUUUUAGAGGCUGACUUUAGUCUCCCAAACCAUAUGACCCCUCAACCAAGACCUUUCCCUUUCCUUUUGUAUUUUAUGGGGAGGCCAACUCUCUAAGACCAGUGUCAGUGUACUGUAUGAGAGAAAAGGAGUCCAUUCAGCAAUGCCAUCUCUCUCUAAUAAAGAGAAACCUCACUUCACUCUGAAGCCACAAAAAUGUGCUAUUGGCUUUGUUGGAGGGAGUUUCUUUUGGAAAUUCCAUGGUCAGAUCCAGCAGAGUAUGGUGUGGUGCAGCAUGUCCAGGAUCAAGUGUCCUGCCCUUCAAGUUAGCCAGGCUCCCUUUAAAGCCAGUGGUUUACUUGAGAAAUCUUGUGUGGGUUUUCACUUUAAAUGGUGCCCUUGAAUGUGGUUUGUAUUUGCAUUUCAUUGAAAAUCCAUUACAAAGUUUCACUAGUGGAGCACCUCCCAAUAAAAGGGACAAAAUUUAAAGUCCUAGAAACCAGCUUCUUUUUGCAUUCUGCAGACAUGAAAGAGAACAGUGUCUCCAGGUCAGGUAGACUCAAGAUUCCUAGCUUGGGGUGUUUGAUCCUAGGGCCUCUGAAUCUUCAGGGCUUGGUGAGCACAUGUCACAUCUGCUAUUCUUUUUCAAAUAAAUUAGAUGCUCUAGGGUUUACAAAUAUUUAUCUUAAAGCAGUGCUAAUUGUGAAAGUUCUUAGUUAAUGGGCUAAAAUUUUAACAGUGAUAAGGGAGUCUCCAUAAUUUUUUGAUGUCACUGAGAAGUUCUUACACCCUCUGGGCAUAGAGCCAAUGCACAAAGACCCUGGAGGUUGUGUGCAAAUAUGGGCCAAAGGGUUAAGUUCUCUUCAACUGAUGGCCGUAACAAGAACAAGGUAUAGAGAUAAUACUCCUCAUUGAAAAAACCAAUUACAUAAUCAGCUUCAUCCAUGGGGAUUGGUAGACAUAUGUCUUGGUAAACCAUUUUGUAGAUACACCAUUUGUUUGUAGAAUUUUUACUCAAGAAAACUCUGACUAUAAAUUUUUGCCAAAUGUUGCAAUUUUUAUUCAUGCAACAGAGAUAAAUAUUAAGACCUAAUUUCAUUUAGUCACAGCAACAAACAUUUUUGUAAAUAAGGAUACAGUGAAGGAAUUUGUAUGACACCCAGGCCUAACAGUAGUGCUACAGAUCAUAAUAAUAUUGUUGUUUUUCCACUUUUAUGGAGCACAUCAUAUGUUCUUUUUGCUCAUAGUUUUUGAAAUCUGAGACUUACCUGAGCAAUAAGUAAAUUGGAAUUGUGUGCCAGUUAGGGAUAAAGAUGAAAUUUCAGCCCUUUCCCACUUUCUCCAGAGUUCACUUGGGUUUUAGGGAGAGGGGAAGAGGUGACAUUGGAUAGAUAGAGCAAUGACAUCAGUCUCCAAGUGAUUAACAAACAAACAAAAAAGUCCUCCCCAGAGAGUUGCCUCUGUCUGUGGUAAGUCAAACUAAGUUUUGCAGUUCAGUUUAAACCUAAAACUGUUUGUUGAAAUAAGAACUCCUCUCAAAUGACAUCUGUUUUAAGGGCUUCUGUUGAGAUUGUACUGCAAGUGUAGGGAUUUAACUUCAUGGGGCAGAAACGGUUUUGGCUCUAGUGAGUUAUGCUCCCCUGUUUCAGAUGGGAAGACAUUGAAAAAUCAUGAUUUUGGUCCUCAAAGAACACCUAUUUGAGGCCAUCACAGUUAACUCUCUCUCUCUCUAAUUUUGCCCUGGCAAAGACAACCAAUUUACUGCACUAAUGCGGACUUUGAUUUGUGGUUUCUGACAUCUUAAAAAUUGCGGGAGACCCUCACAAACUGGGAAGCAAAUCAGAACAAAUACCAAAUAUGUGUAAUAACUGAAGAAAGGGUAGAGCUGUGUGUGAAUCUGGGCAUCCCCAACUUUUCAAAAGUUUGCAUUAACUGCAUUUGUAGCUGUUGUCCUGGAGAGACAUGUGGAAGGGACUAUUGCUUCUACUUUUAUGACAAAAGCCAAAGCGUGGACAAGGUCUUCAGCACUGCUUUGCGCCCAUGGACCCGGAGGUGGGGGCACCGAAGCAAGACCAGCCUCCCCGCACCUUCGGAACUGCUCCGUGCAGGCUGUGUAUGUGUAUCAGUGCUGCCCUGCUUUUGGCACUUGUUAGUGCUCCUCGGAACCAUUUUCACAGAUCAGUGUCCCUGCAGGUAAUUGGAAAGAACACAUGAAUUCAUUCCCACCACAUCCUCAGGCAUGCUGGAGGUCUACUUGGGAAGCAGAAGUGAACAAGGCACACAGACGAAAAUGUCUGCACACAUGAAGAGGACAGUCUGCUGUACAAGUGAUUUCAGGAGUGAGUCACCUGCAGCAAGGAGGUUGGAGAGAAAGACAUGUAAGGGAAAUUCUCCUGCGAAGUGCUUAUAGAAUUGCCACUCCAUCAGCAAGGAAACCACAGACCAGGAUGUAAGGACUGUGAAUUUAAAGCAACCCUGGAUUAAAUUCCUCAGCCAUUUGCAACAUCAUCCUCCCUGGGCAUUCUAGUUUAUUCCUGCACAAGCCAGUUCACUACCACUCUCCAGACCACUUGGACACACUUUUUGGAAACAAAGACCUACUAAGACUCCUGCUUAUCAAUGCCAAUGUCCAUUGAGAGGAUUGAGAGAAGGGGGCAUGAUGCAGUGGACUCGCAGUGAAACAGAAAGACCUGGAAUGAGGUAUCUCAGUAACAAAGAAGACGCAUACAUGGCAGGCAUGGUACAGAGCGCUUCCUUGCACAGCCUUGCCCAUGAGCUCGUCCCUGGCCUGGAGGGACCCACUCUAGAGGUGAUACCCAAAGUGCCUCAACUUGGAUGUUUGUGCCGAUACCAGAGUAUUCUCUUGCCUCCCAGGAGUAUGUGUGUUAUUCUCAUUCAUGUGAUGUGCUCCCCAUGUGCACAGGUGAGGAAACUGAAGCACAAGGCAUCUCAAAUUGAAAUUAUUCCAUGCAAGAUCUGUGGAGACAAAUCAUCAGGAAUCCAUUAUGGUGUCAUUACAUGUGAAGGCUGCAAGGGCUUUUUCAGGAGAAGUCAGCAAAGCAAUGCCACCUACUCCUGUCCUCGUCAGAAGAACUGUUUGAUUGAUCGAACCAGUAGAAACCGCUGCCAACACUGUCGAUUACAGAAAUGCCUUGCCGUGGGGAUGUCUCGAGAUGCUGUAAAAUUUGGCCGAAUGUCGAAAAAGCAGAGAGACAGCUUGUACGCAGAAGUGCAGAAACACCGGAUGCAGCAGCAGCAGCGAGACCACCAACAGCAGCCUGGGGAGGCCGAGCCGCUGACGCCCACCUACAACAUCUCGGCCAACGGGCUGACCGAACUUCACGAUGACCUCAGCAACUACAUCGAUGGGCACACCCCUGAGGGGAGCAAGGCAGACUCUGCUGUCAGCAGCUUCUACCUGGACAUACAGCCUUCCCCGGACCAGUCAGGUCUUGAUAUCAAUGGAAUCAAACCAGAACCAAUAUGUGACUACACACCAGCAUCAGGCUUCUUUCCCUACUGUUCUUUCACCAAUGGGGAGACUUCCCCAACUGUGUCCAUGGCAGAACUAGAACAUCUUGCACAGAAUAUAUCUAAAUCACAUCUGGAAACUUGCCAAUACUUGAGAGAAGAGCUCCAGCAGAUAACGUGGCAGACCUUUCUGCAGGAGGAGAUUGAGAACUAUCAAAACAAGCAGCGGGAGGUGAUGUGGCAAUUGUGUGCCAUCAAAAUUACAGAAGCUAUACAGUACGUGGUGGAGUUUGCCAAACGCAUUGAUGGAUUUAUGGAACUGUGUCAAAACGAUCAAAUUGUGCUUCUCAAAGCAGGUUCUCUAGAGGUGGUAUUUAUCAGAAUGUGCCGUGCCUUUGACUCCCAGAGCAACACCGUGUACUUUGAUGGGAAAUAUGCGAGCCCCGAUGUCUUCAAAUCCUUAGGUUGUGAAGACUUCAUUAGCUUUGUCUUUGAAUUUGGAAAAAGUUUAUGUUCUAUGCACCUGACUGAAGAUGAAAUUGCAUUAUUUUCUGCAUUUGUACUGAUGUCAGCAGAUCGCUCGUGGCUGCAGGAGAAGGUAAAGAUUGAAAAACUGCAACAGAAAAUUCAGCUAGCUCUUCAACAUGUCCUACAGAAGAAUCACCGCGAAGAUGGAAUACUAACAAAGUUAAUAUGCAAGGUGUCUACAUUAAGAGCCUUAUGUGGACGACAUACAGAAAAGCUAAUGGCAUUUAAAGCAAUAUACCCAGACAUUGUGCGACUUCAUUUUCCUCCAUUAUACAAGGAGUUGUUCACUUCAGAAUUUGAGCCAGCAAUGCAAAUUGAUGGGUAAAUGUAUCACCUAAGCACUUCUAGAAUGUCUGAAGUACAAACAUGAAAAACAACAACAAAAAAAAUUAACUGAGACACUUUAUAUGGCCCUGCACAGACCUGGAGCGCCAACACACUGCACAUCUUUUGGUGAUGGGGUCAGGCAAAGGAGGGGAAACAAUGAAAACAAAUAAAAGUUGAACUUGUUUUUCUCAUGCAUAUGAUUUCCAUUAUGCCUACAGAUAUGGACCCUUUUUCUGUCUCAACUUCUUGAUCGUUGACCUCUGUUUACAGCAGAAGGAGGGUACUAAAGAGAAUUUCCUUUUCUUGUAGCUCACUGCCCACAGACUUUCUACAGAGUCACCAACCUGUCGGUAACAACAGAGCCCAGCAAUAAUCGGUGAUCGGUGUGCAUAGCGGAGAUUGCAGCAUUACUUUGCACAACUUGCUCUUUGUUUCAUGAAGGAAGUUUUUAUUUUUUCACCGAUUAUUGCCAGUCAGCAGGAUGGCAUGAAAAGGGUCCAUAGCACUAGCAACAAUAGCAUUAUAAUAUAUUACAGGGUAAAUGGGCAUGAAGACUAUAUAUAGCUAAAAGAGAUAUUGUUUAUAUAUUGUUUUAAUUAAUAUAAAAUGUAGUUACUGGUGUAGCUUUUCCUGUUGAAUUGAUAAGGCACUUUCAUUUUGCACCUUUUUCUUUAAAUUAAAUGCUAGCGUGUUCACUGUCGUGUCGCAUGUGCACCAGAAACACAAGUUUAACUGAGAAGGCUUGGAAGGUACGUCGGGAGGUAUUUAUGCUGCUGUUUACAAAAUUACUUUUAAAAGUCUGGCUGGUCAUAUCUAGAAAUCACAAUGUUGGAUUUUUUCUUUUUUACAUGUGAAUUGGGAAUUAGACACAGAACUCUCCCUGAAUUAUACUUUGCUUUUGGGUACAUUUAAGGAUAGAUGUGUUUAUGCUUCAUACAAAGUUGAAUGGUCGAUUGGUGCUGUGGACUUAAACCAUGAUGCACAUUUUGCUUUUUAAGUUUUUCAAAAUGCCACCUCUUGGGGGCAGGGCCAGGAGGCUCUUUUGACACAAUUCAAUAGUUUUAUGGACUCAGUCUCAACUUGGAAAUUCUUACGCUUUCAGAACAAAUCUGCAACCAGGAUACUUAUUGGAAUCUAGCUCUUAUUUUAAGAAGGACCCAAAGAUUAUUUCUGGAGCAAACGCACACUCCCUGUGUGAGGACAUGUAACAUUUACUGUGUUGAAUGUUUAUAUUCUUGGUAUAAUCUAGGAACCCUAAGAGUUUAUGUCAGAGUUAACUAGUUUUGUGCCAGCUGUCUCUUCAUCCUAUAAUUGCUCUCCAUAAUCCAUAGGCAAUGGAUAGGAGGGUGAGGAAGGCAUAUGACGUUGAACCAUUUUUUCUUAUUUAAAUAUUAAAUAUUUUAAGUCUCUAAAGUGAAGCUGAUGCUAGUUGCAAACAUUUACUCUUGUAUUUAUCUUCACUAGAAAACUGUGGACUGUAAUUUAUUUUAUUAAUAUUUAGAAGAAUAUUUGGCUUUUGUAUUCAGGUGAGAGAUACAGUUGUUUUUGUUUAAUUUUGUGUUUUGUUUUGUUUUGUUUAAAUAAUUCGCAAUGGGGAAAUGGAGAAGGAAGAGUCUGAGGUACAAAUGUGCGUAUUUUAAAAAUAAGUGACCUUUGGGGAUGUGGGCAUUUAGGUGACAGUUCUAGUCACACACGGAAUGGGAGUCAAACUUCUGGUCUGACUAUAAAUAAAUAGAAAUAAAAUCACAUUUAUCCAGAAAAGGGAACAUCUUAACACAGGGUGAAAGUGAGAGUUCCCAAGCAGCCCUUUGCAGAGGAGAAAGUGUCUCCUCUCCCAUGGGGUUCCUCCUGAAUCUUCCCCAGAAAUCACAGCUCCUUGAUGUCUUGCCCAAUCACGUGAUCACGUGAGGGCAGCCUGAAGCCCUUCACUGUUUUUAACUCCACUGACCUUCUGACUCGUUUCCUGAGGGACUUGGAAUAGGGGAAGGAAUGAUUCACACAGAAGUGUGUAUGAAGCCUAAAUAACAUCUAAGCAAUUUUUUUUCUCAAAUAUAUAGUAAAGGUUUAACCAUAAAUAGAAGACGAGAGUAAUAUUUACUUAAAUUUCUUACAAGAAUAUAAAACUUUAUGUGUUUAUUAUAUAGAGAGGUUAACUAUCAGCAUAUAGUAUUUAUAUUUGGGCAAGAAGGGUUAAAUCAAAAUUUUAAUUUAAAUAAGCAUAGUUCCUUUAAGAUCAAUAGUAUUUAUACUCUGGAAAGAGUACAAAGCUUAGUUCAGUUAUUUAUUCGUCCAUUUUCCCCCUAUUGUUUCUCCUUUAGGGGAAAUGGUGUGUUUUUAUUUUGGUUUUCUUUUGUGGUUUUUGGGGAAUUUUUUGUCAUUCUGAUUCACUAAAUUUGGGAUGGUUUUAUUAAAGUAUAUUAACUUGUUUUUAACCAAAGCUUUCUGAAUAUGACCAGCCUCAGGUGCUAGAGCAUUAAAGAGCAACUAAACCUAAUUCCAGUGUCCAUUUGUGAAAUAAGAGCUAAUUGCACUUCUCUAAGGGUGAGAGAGAAUACAAUGUUGAACUUAAAAGAAAUUCCUUUUACCAGAAAGGAUUUUGGAUAUACCAUAUGCAAAAAGAAACAAACAAACAAAAAAUGCUCUAAUCUCAGUUAUAGUCACAAUGUGGUGACAAUGCUUUUAGAGUAAACCAAGAUACAUUGACUGAUGCUGCUACGAGGUCUUUUUGAAAGAAAAGCAGGGUUGGACUUUAAGAGCAAAGUACAUCGACAGUGUAGGAAAAGAAUAGUAGUGGCGUGCUCUGUGAAAUGAUGGGAUAGCCAUCAUUGGGAUUGAAGUCGGGAUCUGAAGUUAAACAAUAAAUCCAGUCGAAAACAAUAUGGAUUCUAGAAAAUGACGUGAAAAACCUUGCAUUUUUAUUUUCUUCCUUAUUAUAGAAACACCUGUGUGCCAGAACAAUUAUUCUCAAUAGUUCUUUAAUGUUUCCUAAACUUAAAUGACCAAUAGUCUUUUAAAGAUUGGAAUCACAUCAUGGUAAUCCUGGCUGCUGUAAUGCCUUUUAUACAAUUUUUUUACAUAGGGUAAAUAAGGCUUUUGUACAAAGGAAUGCUUUCAGUUACAAAUGGUGUCCAAAUGGUUGCAUUAUCUUGUGAAGAAACUGGCCUUGGUCACAAUGAAAACAAAAGUGCAGAUGGAAGUGGGUUUUUGGGACAGUUUGCAAAUUGUGUUAAAGCUAUGGAUUUUUUUUUAACUGUUCAGCAUCAUAAUUUGAGUUAAAGCGAUGGAUUUUUUUUUUAAAGUCUUCAGCACCCUAAAUCACCCUUCCUAACUUAAGGAAAACAUGAAUUAAGACACUGCUUCUAAGUUUGGUUGUUCUUUAUAGUGGGAAUGCCCAGAUCUCUGUGAGCAUAUGGGGGUGGGCUGAGGGUCAGGUAAAGAGGGAGCGUGCUGGUGUGUGAGAAAGAUAGUGUGUGAGUGUUUGUGUGUGUGUGUGUGUGUGUGUGUGUGUGAGAGAGAGAGAGAGAGAGAGAGAGAGGGAAGGAUUUGUGUGUGUGACGUGCGUGUGUUGAACCGCUUCUAGGCUACUAAGUGUCAAUGGAAAAGAAAAUGUAUUCAAAAUACUUAAAUCAAAACUAGAAGAUGGAAAAAAAAAAGAUUUAUUCUAUACAAAGCCUUGUCUGGACCACUUUAGAGAGACUUCUAUUUUUUUAACCCUUCUAUAAAUAUUUGAUGGCACUUGAAAUAUUCCUGCAAUAAAAUGUGAUUUGUGUAAAGAAAAAAAAAAAAGAUUUUGUAAUGUGAAACAAAGAAAGAAAGUAAUGUAAUUUUCUAAAAAAAAAAAUACAAACAAACAAACUUUGUAUUAUUUUCUUGAUGGAAUUUGUCUAUCUGUCUUUGGAAAACUUUUUAUUUCAUUGAUUGUGCCAUAGUAGAAAUAUAUGUUUUUAGUUUUAGACUAGGGUAUAGCUGUUUGUGUUCCGACAUUCCAAAAUGCAAAACAACCUAGUAGAAUCUUUAUUGAAAAGGUUUAAGUAGGAUGUAAGCUUCUCUCAUUGUUGCUUUUUUGCACAUGUUCUUCAUUCCUCUCUAGUGCAAUAUGUACAUAGAGCACUUGCGGGUGUACCUUGAUCCCUCAGGGAAAAAUACAUAUUUGUACAGGUUUUUGUUUUGUUUGUUUGGUUUUUUUUUUUUGCCUUUUGUUUUUGGCUAAGGAAUGUCGAUUGAAUCACUUGUUAUUGUUGAGGGGCAGCCAGAUAAUAAUCCUAAAGCCACUGUUUCAAACAUUGAUUGUUUAAAUCAUGUGUCCUUUCAGUGCUAUUAUUUUAAGACAAUAAUAAUAAAAAAUUAUUUUCUGACAGUUCUUUGUGCUGAUUGGUGAAAAAAAAGGGUAAAUAAGCACCUUAUGAUUGACUUACUGUGAAUGACAAUCCAUCUUGAUAUCAACAAUAGAAGCCCUAUCAUUUUGAAGUUGGGGUUGAGUCAGAAACAAUGCGCUCAGGGAUCUUCUAAAACUCUCAAAACAGGGUGGCCAGUACUACUGGGAAAAAUUGUGUUUUUUAUUAAUAAUAAUGAUAAUAAUACUAUCCCUCCUAGGCACAAGUGAACUGUGUAGAUCUGUGUGUGUGCGUAAACUCUUCGCUAUCAUCUCAUUUUCUUAAGUUCAAAACUGCAGUGUUCUUCAGUCUUGUAGGCUUACAGGUGUGGACUCGCUUUCAAAACAGUGCAGUUAUGCCAGUAUGUUCAAAAGAUAAAUGAAUAGGCAAUACAAUAAAGAGCAUCAUUCAAAGUGCAGGCUUACAUACUCCCUUUACCACUUCUCUAAUUAAAUUAUUCACGAUAAACAUAUUCAUGCCAUUAUAUUUAAAAACUAUGCCAUAAUAUGUAGUCUACAUAUUAUGGAUAAAAGUUUUUUAAAAAAUGGUGAGACAAGAGCCCUGCCCCUCCGUGCAGGGAGAGAGGUCAAAUGAAAAAUGGUUUUUUAAUGCCAACAAAAAACUCAUUUUCACUGUGUUAUCCUCUGGAAGCAAACCAAAAAAUCCCUUAGUGGAAUAUUUUUUUCUACUUCCACAGUUGUAGUUGAUGUCUGUUGGAUUAAUGCAAGAGCUAUUGUCUUAAGAUUGACAAAACCCACUUGUGUAGCAGCAAUGUGAGUCAGCUUUUAGGGUUAUUUAUAUUUUUGAAAUUUACAAUUUUUAAAUAGUUCCCUGUUUCCAUGCAUUAUUUUCUGUAAAGUCAGUGAAUCUCACAGUAAUUGUUGGCUUUCAUUUUUCCACACCUGGAACACACAUUCAGAAGAAAUUUUAUUUAUUUUCUUAUUGCUGUAGAAAUCCGUAAUUUGGGAAAACUUUCAGUUUCUAUUAGAUGAAAAAGAAACCUGUAACUUGUUGUUUUUAAUAAUAAGGACUAUGGAAAAUGGCAGAAAUAGCUCUCUUUCCUUCUCCUCUUCCUCCUCCCCCUCCUCUCUGUCCACUCACAACAAAGAAGUUAUUGACAUUUUUACAUAUUAUAUGUGAUGCCACUUCUUUCUUAUAAAGACAUGACAUAGAACCUUAUAAAUACCUUAUAGAUCAGAUUAUAUAUCUAGAAAUGCAAUUGCAACAGUAAAUCUCCAUCUGUUACUUACAGUCUGUGAUGCAAGUUUUCGGUCUCUACCUAAACACUAUUACUAUUAAAGAGAGUCCAUCAGAUUUUUGUUUAUUUUAAGAUAUGAGAAGGCUGAUAAUCAGUGUCUGAGUCUGUUUGCUUGUUUGUGUAAGAACAAUUUUGUCAGCCUCUCAGAACAAUUUCAGAAAUAAUCCAGAAGCCUGGUUUCAUGGCAAGAAAACAUUAUAGGUGGGGGGAUCUCUGUUAACCAGACCUUCAGAACUUAGAGCAAUAAAUACAUUCAUUCAUUCAUUUAUAUGUAAAUGAAUGUUCAACCCAAUAGAAAUGUCUUUUCAGUGAUGCAAAAUAAAGUGGAGUCUUAUUAAAAAAGUGAAUGUAAAUAUUUUAAAUAGAUGCCUAGAUAAGCCGUGUUUGCUGUUUACAUUUAGUGUGUUUGCCACAAUAGCACUAUCAUACUUUUUCUUUUUUCCUUCUAAGAAGUAAUGAAUGGUAGCUCACUGUUAGCUUGGACAUGCUGUACAUGUCAUUAUGUUGUUGUCUAAGAGCAACUGAACCCUCCGGUGUGUGAUUCCUUUCUCAUUAUUUUAAUGUGGAUGAAUAUUAUUUCUAGGAACUUGGUUAUCAUUGAACAGAUUGCAUAUGUAAAUGCAGAUACUUCUUGAGCAAUAUAGUGAAUAUGAUUUCACACACAAAAAAUCUGUAUGUACUGUACACAUCUUCAUGAAUCCAAAAUUCUCAUUUUAUCCACAGUGGUUUGAAAUCUCAUAUAAAACAGUGGUAAAUUUUUAAACAUUAGGACAUUAGCUGGCUGCUUCUUUAAAUGUACCUGUAUUGUCUGCCUGCUCCCUUUUGUGGAGAUGUGUUUUUGUAUUGGAUGUUUGGGCCAAUGGGAGGCUUCAAGCUACAACAUAUUUUCCCAGUUUAAAUAUAUUUAACAUAUGACAAACCCCAGACAAGGCUUUUAAUAUGUAUAAAGAACUGCAGUGUUAGGUGGUUUAUUUGCAAACCGUUUUCAAUGUUGUCCAUUUUUAUGGCACCUUUAACAAUAUUCUUGUUUCCAAAGUACAAAAAAAAUAGGUUAAAUAAUCUAGCCAUAACUGAAUGUCAAGCAAUAAAACAAAUGACUUUUGCGCAUAGACUUAAAAAAAUACAAAUUUUAGACAUCUGCAUGUAAAUGCAAUCUCUUGUUUACUGCUUUCUUCAACUUGAGCAAUCAAUUCCUUAUUUACUAUUAACUUAAGAACUUGUAAUGGCCUGUAAACAUUUUCUCUCUUACUCUUCUUUCAAAUUUACCUUCGUCCCUGCUUUUGAGUCAUAAUAUUAAAUGUUGUUCUGCACAUCUCUAUACAGUUAACUUUUUGGCUUUCAUUCUGUAUAGAUAAGAAAAUGUUAUAUUAUAAACAGCCUACUCAGUGCAAAUAUUUAUCUGUUUAUCAAAUCCACAAUAUGCUGUAUAAUACCAGUUUUACUAUAUAAUCUAUUUUAGACAUAGCUGUUUAGAACUAGAGUGUGCUAUUUUUGUGUUUUUCUGAUGUGUGGUGCUAGAUAAGUUACUUUUGUGAACAAAAAAAAAAAUCCCUUUUAUUCCUAGACAAUACCACCUUUGGGUCUUGUUAAUUUCACUGAGUAUAACUAUAUAUUUGUAUAUAUAUACAUAUAUAUAUAUAUAUAUAUAUAUAUAUAUCUACCUGAACCCAACUGGCAGCUGUAUCAGAGUGCUGGAUUUGGGACAUGCUUUUCUCUUUAAAUACAUAAUAUCAUUAUAUAAAUUAUUCUAGAGUGUAUUUAAUUAGGAUAAAAUUACUUCCUUAGUAUGGAUAUUUGACAUCUAUAGGGUGAAUUUGUUUAUCAAUAUGAAUAUACAAAAAUGUGUUAGCAUUUACUUAUGUUUGCUAUUUGGCUUUAUACCACAUCUCCUAAGCUGAAAAAUAAUUUCCAGGCCUUCAAGAUCCUAAGGAAACACUCUAGUUUAAUGGAGUAAAUCUUUCUAUUCUUACUAAGGAAUGAUACUAUUGGCACCUGACAAGAGUUGUAUAAUUAGCUCCUAUUAUAGAAAAUAGUAUUUUCUAUAAAAUAACCUUGCUGGCUUGAUGGCAGAAUAAACCUUUCCCCUCCUUUCUGAGCCCUGAAACGGAUGAGCUGCCAACUGUCAUGGCAGACCGUGGUCAUAAAGCAAAUUCGACAGGAGAAUUCCUGUUUCAAUACAGCUUCAACCAGUUCCAUGAACUGAGUGAAGGUCCUUCAUUUUAAAAGUAUUUUAAUAGUUAAACUCUUUCACCUAUUAUCCCAAGACUUAUUGGCAUUAGAAAUAAAAGUAUAUCAAAUAUCUAACUAAGGAUGUAGUUAACCUUAUUAAAUAUUGAUUAGAAUUGUUCUGUAAUAUUACUGAAUUUGUAAGAUCUUUAGCAAAGAUUUUUGAGCAAUUUAUAAAUAUAGAGCAAAUGUUUCUGUUUACUGCACUUUUUGUAAUUGAAGGUGAUAAAUUUUUAAGCCAUGGUUAUUGGCUUCCAUGCACUGCACAUUUACCCACAAUUCUAGACAUUUUCCAUUUUUAUGGAAGAGUUGCUAUUACCUUAAUUAUAAAUGCAAUCAUGUGGUUAAUGAGAGCUUAUGCUAAUAGUUAAACUUUUAAAGUGAAUUGGCUACAGUUUAGGGAGAAAUCUCUUUUAACACAAAUCACAUCAUUCCUUGUUAAGUUGCUUAGAAAGGGACUGAACCAUUUUUUUUAAGCACCCUUUAAUCUCCUAAACUUCCUGAGGGUAGAGAUUGUUAUCUCUUUGCAUCUGCACAAUGGCCAGCCAUGUCAGCAUUUAAUAAUUGUUUAAUGGCAAGUGUGCUCCAAUUGAAACUUUUUUCCCUGGGUUGUUUUGGUAAAUUUAUAGAGUAUGCCAAGCCUGAUGGUUAACACUUUGUUUUCAACCAAAUGUUAAAGCCACAUUUAAAAAGACCACAUGAAAUGCUGAUUCUAAUUGUGUGUAGGUCUUUAGGAUUAAGCACACAAAUUUCACAAAACUCUGUGAGUAACAAACUCAGCCUUCUGUAAAUAUACAUGCAAGUUUGGAAAUAGUAAUACUGUACCUAUAAAUAUAUGCUGUCUGUUUUGUGUACAGUAUGUAAAAACUCCUUUUCUGCCACACUAAAAAUGCAAGCCAUUUAUGGGAAUCCUAAAAAUAAUAUUGUACUAAAACUUUGCUAAUGAUCUUUAUUAGAGGAUCAUCCAACUUUUCACUUACAUUGGGUUUUCUUUUCAAUUCACUUUACAGUAGUCUGCUUAUUUCCAGUUGUUUGUUAUUUUACUGAGUCCUGAAUUUAAAAAAAAAAUAUUUUGAUUCAUUUUGUAAAUACAAGCUGUAAAAAAAGAGAGAGAUUUAAUGUUGUCUUUUAAAUACUCCAAUUUUCAUUCUAAUAUGAAUGUUGUUAUAUUGUACUUAGAAACUGUACCUUUAAUAUUACAUUACCUUUAUUAAAAGUGCAUUGAACACAUCAAUUUUAGAUGUGCUUUAUGUACUAUUAUCCUAUAAUAAAACUUCAGCUUCUAAUGGAA